AUGAUUCGGCUUUGCUUUAAACAAACUCUGUGGGGCAGGAGACCAUUUAGUGUCUCUUUUUCCCGGCUGAAAGAUGACUACAAAAAGCAACUCAAAAACCUCGGAAGCAUAUUGCUGCAAGGAAAAGUGGGCGACGCCCAGGAUCGGAAACUGACUGAUUUGGAUCUAGAAUCCCAGCUCCCGAAGCAGCCAUCCCAGCUGGCAUUAGACAUAACCGUGAAAGAAAAUAUAGAUGAACUCGAAGAUUGUUUUGAAAAAGUUGCAUUUAUGACCAAAGAUGAUAUUGCCAUUCAAGAAAAUUUUGACCAAGGAGGCCAGUUCGGCAGUUUUCCCUCGGAGCAUUUUUUCGAUCGAAGAGAGUUGAUACGAUCGCUACCGGACGAAGUCGACCUUCUUGAAACACCUUGGGAAGAGAUCGAACGGGUGUACAAACUGCUCGAAAAGCUUGAUGUGGAUAGAUCUGUUCACGCAAAGUAUUUGAAGAAAUUUGGCAUCGAUGACAACGAUUUGAUCACAAGGUUGCGCAUGGGUAACAACUUGCGUGACAUGUGCAGCUCAGGCCGGAGGGGUGAAAAGUAUGAGAUCUCGAAAGGCUUGGAAAGAGUGUUCAAAAAGCUAUAUCAAUAUAAUGUUGUUGGCUUUGAUCGCAGCUUGGUAGGUGUUCCUUUACGCGGUGGAAAGAAUAACCUAAAGAAGAAUGCAUCUGAAGAAUCUCCAGCUGAUGCAUUCCCGACAGAAUUAAUUCGUGACAUGCGCCCGUUUGAUACGAAGGUGCCCGUCCACAAGGUGGAUGUUAAUUUCUUGGAUGAUGAUCUGCUAAAGGAAAGCAUUUCACCCUUUGAUGCGAAGCCGCUACCACCAGAAGACUUGCUCAGAGAUGUAGGAAAACCCAUUUUCUUGGACACCAUUGACAACUAUCGCAAGGUUGAACAUCCAUCAAUGGAGUUCUUAACAAGGAUUGAGAAGGAAACAAUACUGUUAAAGGAUGCGUUAUACUUGGAAAUUACCCGCAAAAUGAUCCCUACUGGCACUGACGUGAUCACCUUUAACUCGCAGAAACUAAAAACUAACGAAUAUGUGAUUGCAUCGAAAGAUCACGACGCAACAACAAUUUCAGGGCCCACAACAUCUUAUCGCUUUAAGCAGUUUGAUCUUGUACCUAUCUAUGGCAUGCUCUUGAGCACAGUCAAACAUUACAAUAACUUAUACAAGCAUUUGUUUCGCGUGAUCUUGAUCAACUUAGACGAACACGUCGAUGUGUUGACCAGAAUUAAGUAUACACUGGCUCGGGAGUCCAAUUCUUUCAUGAGAAAACUUUACGCGAGAAUCCACAAGGCUGUUUCAGAUAAGCUCAUGCCGUUGGCAUUGAAAAGCCGCAUACAGGUUCCCAAACAAUACAAUGCUGUAUUGCACAAACAUAUUCUUUGUGGAAACUUCCUGAGAAUAUAUUGGGUGAGGAAGCCAGGGGUUGGCCUCAGGACAGAGAGGCGGGACUUUUCCAGAAAUGUGCGCAGAAAAGCUCAAUCGCUCAAUAUUUUGAUCUUGAACCCUGCCAAUUUGCUCAAGUGA